AUGUCAGACGACGAAUUAUCCAUAGAUGCAAACAUAUUUGAAGAGCCAGAAGGCUUUUUACCGCCACCACCUGAGUCCCAUUUCGCCACAUAUGAUCGUAAAGUGUCCCAUGCCGAACCAAAGCAAAUUCGUAUGAAAUUAGUUGGAAAAUCACCAUUAUGGGGUCACUUAUUAUGGAAUGCUGGGAUCUACACUGCUGAUUAUUUGGAUAAACAUGCUGAGGAGCUUGUACAAGGGAAACGUGUUUUGGAAUUAGGUGCAGCUGCCGCUUUACCUUCAUUAGUAUGUGCUGUUAAUGGGGCUAAAGAAGUAAUAGCUACUGAUUAUCCUGAUCCGGAUUUGAUCAACCAUAUUGAAUACAGUUUCAAUGAUUUGAAGCAGAAAGCGCCUCAAAUGUCGGAUUAUAAAGUGAAAGGAUAUAUAUGGGGGCACAACGUAAGAGAACUGAUUUACAAAAAUGAAGAAGCAGGAAACCUCGAAGAAGAUGAGAAAUUUGAUUUAAUUAUACUAUCAGACUUAGUCUUCAAUCAUACUGAACAUCAUAAACUAUUAACUGCAUGUCGUCAAUCACUAAAAUCCAAUGGGAAAUGUCUAGUCGUUUUCAGCCCACAUCGAGCCCAUUUACUCAAUGAAGAUUUGAAAUUUUUUGAAACUUGUAAAGAGUACCAAUUCGAUGCUGAAAAGAUUGAUAUGAUUAACAUGACUCCAAUGUUUGUUGAAGAUGAAGAGACGGCCGAAGUGAGGUCAAGAGUAUAUUCAUACUUUUUGAUUCCAACGUGGUAG